ACAUAUUAAAAAAUCUCAAACACAAAUUAGAAAAUUCUAAAAAAAAAAGUUUUCCCCCCAUCAUGUGACGCUUUUUUUUUUUUUCAAAAAAUUAAGAACGCGUUUUCCCCCCAUCAUGUAACGGACUUUUUUUUGCACGCCAAGGGUGACAAGUGACGCCAUACUCUUAUUAUUGUUAGAUAACCAAAUACCUUGGUUUGUGUUUGAGCUCUUGUUUGACAAGACCAAUGAGUACCUUCCAUGCAUGAAUUUGACUUUGGUUGAGCUGGCCAGAAAAUUCUUUAGACAUGUUUUUUCUUAUUAUGAACCUCCUCAAGAAUUGGAAAAGCUUCUAUCAAGGUACAAUUCAGGAAUUAUACACCUGGUUGAUUUUCUAUGGCGUUUCUGGGAUGUCUCAUCAGAAAGGGGAGGAAUAGACUUUGAGUUGUUGGAUUAUGGGACCCUUGUUCCAUCUGUCACCAGACUUAAAGAGGUGGGAGUCAAAUUUCAAAAAGCCGAGUCAAGAAACAUCUUGAAUGUAAAAUUUAACAAGGGUGUCCUCAAAAUCCCACCUUCGCUGAUUACUCCAUCGACAGAAACCAUCUUCAGGAACCUCAUCAUCUUUGAGCAAUGUAGCCUUCUUUGCGCGCCAAGGGUGACAAGUUACGCCAUACUCUUAGAUUGCCUGGUCGACAGCUCAGAUGAUGUGCAUUUAAUGAACAGAGAAGGAAUUCUUGAUAACAGGUUAAACCCUGGGGAAACGUCAAAUUUCUUGAACAGAGUCCGUGAUAACACUUUUACACACGAGCUCUUUCAUGCACGACUUCGCAAAGAUGUCAAAGAAUAUUGCGAGAAGAGAUGGCCGAGAUGGCGAGCUUCUUUGAUCCAUAACUAUUUUACUAAGCCAUGGGCUAUCGUUUCUGUAGUUUUUGCCACGAUCGUUUUGUUUUUCACCAUCAUGCAGGUUUUCUAAAAGUAAUUUUUCUAGCACUUUUUAGAUUAGAAAAGAUACUAUCCGUUGCUCUGUAUUAUCUUUUUUUAUCAAUAUUGUAUCAAUGAAUCUUUUUUGCUUGCUAUCCUUUGCUCAGUAGAAUCUUUUGAUCAAUAUUAUAUCGAUCUAUCUUUGCUUUUCAUUCAGAAGUUGUGUGUGCGCUACAAGGAACCGAGCCAGGGAAUCAUCAAUAUUGUUCUGCAUCAGAUCUGGAUGUCAAAUAAUGAAGGUUCCAAGAUUUC